AUGCCUGCCAUCAAUACUGCUAUUGUCGCUCGCGACACUCUUCACCAACUCGCCCGUCGCGAGAACUGGGCUCAAAAGGAGGCUGGUGUCGUUGUUGUCUUUGCCAUCGUUUUCGUCGUCGGUGUUGGUCUGGUAUCCCUGUGGAUUUCUAAGUGCCUCAAGGCCCGAAAGGCAAAGAAGGCCGCCCUCCCCGCAUAA